AUGAAGAAAAAUUCAAAAAUAUCAAAGAGAAAAUUUUGGACCCUCGCUCGACUGUUCUUGCUAGAAAAGCUGAGAAAGCCGCUGGAUUUGGUUCUUCUCUUGACGGUUCCUUCUUUGAGCUCGAUUUUGCUUCUCAGUUUCAGGGAAUCAAUCGCGAGAGAUUACGACACGCCGCAAGUAAACCUCCCGCCAAUAAUUUCGUCAAAAGUCUAUCCCAAACGAUUCUCCGUGGUCGACACUCAUGAGAUCCUCUUCACUCCAGACACUCCUCGUAACUUUGAAAUCAUCAACAAAACCUGCUCCGACAUCGGUCGAAAAUUCAGCGGCUACGACUUUUUCGGCAACAUUUCUCAAAAGAAAAGAAUUGUGCCGAAAGGAUUUUCGACAGUUGAAGACAUGGAAGAGUACAUUCAUUCCCGAUCGAAAAAUAGCACUUUGAAUAUUUUCCUCGGCGUUCAUUUUCAUUCAGAAGUUUCUAAAAAGCUAGAUUUUACGAUUCGAACAGUUCCAACUGCUGGAAAAUAUCCAAUCAAGGGAAAUUGGAAGGGCUGGAUGGGGCAUUUGACCUCUCCGACGAUUUUUGGGAAAAUGAUUACGAACACAAUCGGCUCAACUUUGAUCGACGAUCAUUCUCAGUGGUCGCUCUACUACACCGAAGCAUUUCUACCCGUGCAGAACUCGAUUCAGAAACAGUUUCUAGAGCAAAACGGCGUCAAAAAUGAUGCUGAACAAAUUUUACAGCCGUUUCGACAGUCGGUCAAACUGACUGCGACUUUUGCGGAAAUGGCGCGGCAACAACUCCACCUGAUUUUCAUGAUCGGAUUUGCGCAUUUUGUCCAACACGUGAUUCGGACUAUCACUCGCCAUAGGGAAGAACAUCGACUGGAUUACCUGUCUCUCGUUGGCGCGUCGCCGAAGGACAUCAUUCUAGCGCACCACUUCGUCAGUUUGGUUUUUCAAUCGAUCGCUUCUGCCAUCGUUUCCUUCUCGUUGACUGCGAAGAUUUCGACCAACGGCGCGAUCUUUCCCCACACUUCGUUUUCCGUUAUCUGGCUUCUUCUCACUGCUUAUGGUUCUUCCUUGAUUUUCGUCUGUCACUUUGCUUCGACAUUUUUCAAGACGCCAACAACGGCGGCAACAGUGACUUCGGCGAUCAUUUUCUUCAUUUCCGUCCCGCAUGGAUUUAUCUCGACCAGCUGGCGUCUCAUGCCAUUUCUGCUGAAAAUUGCGAUCAUUCUCAAUCCAACAAUUUUGCUCGCAUUGGGCUGCGACAUGAUCUGCCAUUACGAAGGCAAAAAGAUGGCCUUGUCUCUCAAUAAGAAUUUCUUCAAGAGAAUUUUCUUUGAAGAUCCACUGGGAAUGGUCGAUGUUAUCUUCUAUCUUCUUCUCACGACGCUGUUUUACUUCUACCUCACUCUCAAAAUUGAGAACAUAAAGAGCAGAAAACUCAACUCCCAGAAGAAAACGGACGCUUUUCGCUUCGAAGUGCAAAAUUUAUCGAAAUUCUACUCUUCUUCCGGUCAAGUCGCCUUGAAAAACGUUUCCUUCAAAACUGAAGAAAAGACAAUAACAGUUCUUCUCGGCGAAAAUGGAUCAGGAAAAUCGACGCUGUUGAGCAUUCUAUGCGGAUUUGUUGAGCCCACAUCUGGAUCAGACCUCAUCGGCAGCGGGAAUUGCGGAUACUGUCCGCAGCACAACAUUUUCUUUGAAUUUUUGACGGUGAAGGAGCAUUUUGAAAUCUUCUCCGAACUCUCGGCUGAAUCUUCUUUUGACCAUGAAGAGAUUGAAUCCUUGGCAAAAGACGUUCAACUUUCCGAAAAGCUCGAAAACUUUCCGAAUCAGCUUUCGGGCGGUAUGCUUCGAAAGCUUUCUUUAGGGCUCUCCAUCAUCGGCCGUCCGAAAAGAUUGCUUUUGGACGAACCAUCCUCCGGACUUGACCCGGUCUCUAGAAAGGAACUCUGGGGAAUAUUGAAAAGUUUAUCAAGCGCGACUUCUAUUCUCAUGUCGACUCAUUACAUGGACGAAGCGGAAAACUUAGCGAACUCGGUGAUUUUCUUGAAAGAUGGGCAGCUUCCCGAGUCUGGAUCGCUCAAAGAAAUGAUGAAAGACGAACCCUCAUUCAGACUGUCCUCAUUUUUUGAUCCAGUCAAUACAGAGAAAGGAAAUUGGCAGCUAGAAGAACGAAUAAAAACCGGAGGGAGACGCGCUCUUUACAGAUUCGUUUGUGAAAGGAAUGACCGUAGUCUACAACUGUAUUUUGGCGAUGAUGCUGAUGAUGGCGCCGAUUGGAAUGAACGCAGUGGAGGAGAGAACAACUGGCUUCAGGCAAAUUCAAGCGCAUACAUCGAACCUGAAAAGGCAUCACUUCUGGCUCAUCCAGUACGUCACCUGUCUAAUACAGUCAGUGCUACUUCUUGUCGCAACGAUGGCAGCGACGAGUUUUUCAUCAAAUCGCCGAAUUUUCUCCUCGGACUCGACGAAUUCUCGCCCGUCUUUUUCGUCUGCAUCCGAUUCUUUAUUGCCCACAUGCCGGUAGCUUUCAUCCUCGGCCAUCUAUCAGAAGACAAAGGCUCCUUCAUCGGCCACCACAGCAACGUCAACAUCAUUUGCACGGUUCUGAUGUUCAUGUCCGCCACCUGCGCGCAGAUCUUCACCGGAAACGAGCAAGAGUCUUCUCUUCUCUUUCAGCUAUGCUUUGGUCUUUCGUCUAUCUACUGGAUGAUUCUCUUUUUCCUUGAAAACUGCGAUGAUGAACUAACACCCAUUGAAGAAACGAAUUCUGUUCCUAAUUCAGAAGAAUCCAUUCAAAUCAAAAAUAUCACCAAAAUCUACAAAGAAAAGCAGCGAAAGAAGGAAGUACUGAAAGAUGUUUCUUUCAACCUUCAUCGUGGGGAAACCAUCUGUCUUCUCGGCUCAAACGGGGCUGGAAAAACAACGCUCUUGAGCAUUCUCUGUCAAUUAAAGACCCCAUCAAGUGGCUUCAUUUCGAGAUCAGGAAGAAUCGGGUAUUGCAGACAGCAAGAUUGUCUGCUAGACAACUUGACGGUAGAAGAAACGAUCGAAAUCUUACUCGGAACAAGAGGAAUCGAAAACUGCCAGCGAGUCGCGAAGGAAAUCAGUUCCCUCGUGGAUAUUGUCAAAUAUUCCAAAAGACUGACGAAAGAGCUUUCUGGAGGAGCUAAGCGAAAAUUGUCCGUCGCCAUUUCGAUUCUCAACAACCCGGAUUUCAUCGUUCUUGAUGAACCUUCCAGCGGUCUGGACCCGUCAGCGAGGAUCAAAAUGAAAAGCUUGCUUCAAGUGUUUGAAAAAUUAAACAAAGGCGUUUUGGUGAGCACUCAUGUGGAGGAAGAAAGCAAAAUAUUGGGAUCGACGUCGAUAUUUUUAGAUCGAGGUCGAGUUAAAGAAAUUAUCAAAUACUGA